UCUGCGUGGAAAGAGCCGCAUGCAGGCCUGCGUGGAACCGCAGGAAGCCUGUCGUACAUCGACAUACAUUUCUAAUGAUCCCUGUGGCUUGUGCUGCUGAUCAGACCGAACUUGAGCCGAACCUGCACCGAAAUGCGCCAGUUACGUGAAAGAGACGUCUGAUAGCUGCGGAGUAAAGCAUUCUAAUAAAUAAGAACUAGAACCUGAUAACUACAUGAUGAUGCUUAAUUGAAUGAACGCGUGUUUUCUGCGCUUUACGUAAGCUGCUGUUUUUAUUGGGGUUUUUUUUGCGUAAUUUUGCGCCGGGUGUUGGGUGCCUCGUGGAGCGGGAUUAUUUUGCCAAGGAGAUCUGAAUAGGGGCUCUCCCUCCUCCCUGCAUCAGCCCUCCUCAGCAGCAGACACGGAAGCCCGCUCAGACAGUUCUUCGUCUGCAGAAACACCGUAAACAAACGCAGGGAGCUCUUUUCAUGAAAUCCGCGUCGCCUCCACUGCUGCUGCUGCUGCUGCUGCUGCACCCCGAUUCAAGCUUCUAUUCACCAACGUGCUUGGGGCUACUACAUCCUUGAGCUAUUUCCUAAAAAUGGGAUCAUAAUAAACCUCUAGAGGAUCGAGAACAACUGCUAUUAUGUUGCAAUCUUCUUCCAGAAUAGGUGAAACUUUACCUCUCUGUAAGUUUCACAGUAAUUUGCCGAGAUGGGCCCUGUUCCUCUCCCUCUGCUCGGCUCUCCUCUGGCUUCCUGAGGCAGCGGGAUCUACACUGAACUGCCAUACGACAUGCAUCUGCGCUUCAAAUAUUGUCAGCUGCUCCAAGAUGAACCUGAGUGCUGUUCCCACUGGUCUGCCACUCUACGCCGCUGUGCUGGAUCUCAGCUACAAUGAGAUAGCUCGGCUCAGAUCGGAGUGGACUGCAGUCAAGCUCCCGAAUCUCCACAACCUCUUGCUCAGCCACAAUAAUCUUCUUUUCCUUUCCUCUGAAGCUUUUACAAAUGUGAAGCAACUGCGCUACUUGGACCUGUCCUCCAACAAACUGCAGCAGCUGGAUGAGUUUGUUUUUGAGCCUUUGGUCAACUUGGAGGUCCUUUUGCUCUACAAUAACCAAAUUUCACAGAUUGACAAAACAGCCUUUGCAACCAUGGCCAACCUUCAGAAACUGUACCUCAGCCAGAACCAUAUCUCCCGCUUCCCAGAGGAGCUGAUCAAAGACAGGUACCGCCUGGAGAAACUCAGCCUCCUGGAUGUGUCGUCCAACAGGAUCAAAAAGAUGCCCAUAGAUGACCUUAAGACACUGCCUACCUGGAUCAAAAAUGGCCUCUACUUCCACAACAACCCUCUGCAGUGUACCUGUAAUCUCUACAUGCUCCUGGCCCACUGGAACAUUCGAAAGCUGAAUUCUGCUGUGGACUUCACUGAUGACUACACAUGCAUCCUGCCUAAUUCACAAAAAUCCCAGAUUUUCAGUCUCAGUGGUGAAAGCAUGAACUGCAGCACAUUCAAGGAGGCAGAUGAAGAGGCUUUCCUGGAGCAAACACUCGUCCUCAACUGUGACACCAAACACCGGGACAUGAUAAAGACUUGGACAUUGCCUGGGGACGUGUUGGUGACGUCUGGAGACAACCAGACAUCAAAGGUCCUGUCAAACGGGAACCUGCAGAUAAGUCCGGUUAGGUAUGAGGACUCUGGGACCUACACAUGCUUUGCUGCAAGUGAAAGAUUUAAUGAGACUAUCUACAUUGUGCUAAAGGUUCACAACUUCACCAUGCACGGGACAGGGGAGACUUUUAACACAGCUUAUACUACCUUGGUGGGUUGCCUGGCCAGUGUGGUGCUGGUGCUCAUGUACCUCUACUUGACGCCGUGCCGCUGUUUCUGCUGCCCCAACAAGGGUAAGACCCGGGGUGAGGACAGCAUCCACUCCUCAAUGCUCAGCGUCACUCCCACCCACGAGGACCCGGCGCUGAAGGCCGACCUGAACAGGCAUGUUGCGUUCAUCGACUCCAAAGACUUGCAGGGCCAGAACGGCAAGGUGAAUCCCAAUGGGGACGAGGACAAUGAUGAUCUGCAUGGAGAGGCUGGCUCUAUCAUGAAGGGGAAGAGGAAGAAAUCGGUAGCAGAAUCCAUUAGCUCCGUCUUCUCAGACACUCCCAUGGUGGUUUGAGUCGACAGUGACAUUAAUGGCACAUCACGAGCCAUGAUUUAUUGAGUUUAAACUGUGACCUUGUGCAAGAAAAGGAUAAAGGGAUGGAUAGCAAAUUUAUAACAGCAUCUCAAAUGGAGUUCAAAACAGUCUUGUUGUCAAAGAGAACAAUAAGCCUGACUUUUCCAGCGUUUCAAUCUGUAGCAAUUACUAUUCAUACUGUGAAGAAAAGGAGGCAUAAGCGGACUGUGGAACCUAUUAGAGAAUACAAGAUGCAGCUGUUAUUAGCACUCAGGAAGUAAUGCACUACAGCCAUUUGAGAAUUGUGAAAAAUGCACAAGAUCUCCAAGAACAUCUUACAUUUGGCAUAGAUUAAAACUGUGCUUUGCUCAUAUUUAUAUUCAUUAUGGAAAAUUAAAAUAGACUGCAACGUAUCAUACCUUCUAUCUCUCAAUACAGGAACAUAAACCGACGUCACCAGGCUGUGAGUAGAAAUGACAUUAACCUUGAGUUAUAUAUAGUGACACAGCAUGCCAUAAAACCCUAUUAUACAAUAUCCUACAGCUUGAGAAACCUAAUGAAGGUAAGAAAAUAUGGAUUUCUCAAAUUCAAAACAAAAAGAGGUUUUUACCUGAUCCUUAGUUGAGAUAGACUGAUCCAGUUUCAUAGUCUUGGUAGUACAGCCAUAUUUGGCAGCUAUUUAUCACUUAAACAAAACAUAGUAAGGGUUAGGGUUUCAUAGUUGUAUGGUACACGAUUAUUAAGUAACCCUGCACAUGAAUGAUUGUGCAAUAAAACUUCCCUUAUUGUUUAUUUACAUCUACAGUAAAAACCAAACAAUUCUUUGCUUGCCUUUCACAGGUAAUCACAUGCAGUGUCGUCUGCAGAUACACAUAAGGUGCACAGAGGUAUUUUAUGACCGAUUAUUAACAUGUUGUCUUUAUUCUGUAAACACAAAGGGUACCAAACUCCUUACAAGGACGGAAGCUGUUCUAGUUCUCGUCCGCUGACGUGCCACAUGCUGUUAAAUUUUCCUCUUGGCAAAGUAACAGCAUCAGUCGUACUAAUCCAGAGCUUAAAGCUCUAAUGCUUAACUAACGCUGUUUUAUGUUACUUUAUUCUUUAGAAGAGGUGCACCUUACAGGACAGCUGAAAGUCUAUACUUUUCAAUGUUUGAAUAAAUACUUACCGGUACUCAGAUGUGAUAAGAUGUAGUUGGAAGAAUAAUGUCUGACUCAGUCAAUAGUUCCCAGUGUCACACCUGAAAUGUAGCUUUUUAUUUCCUUUGCUUGCUAGAAUGUGAUGAUUUUUUGUAUCAGCAGUAAAGUGUUAGAGUCUGAGUAACAGUAAAACCUUAAUGGUUUCCAUCUUAAAAAUAAGUUUAUGAAUAAUAAAGUGGAGGCUGUACAUUAUUGGCAGGAAGAGCUACUUUUAGUCACAUAGCUGUGGACAAAAAUUAAAUUACCAAGACUUUUUCUAAACAAAUAGUGCACGAUUGUUGAAGUGGGAUUCUAUUAAAAGGUUAUAAGAUGUUAAUAACUUGCAGGUCCUACAGGCUAAAGCUAACAGCUAGUCUGGGGCAAACACAUCUACCAUCUUAAAAUAACAUUUGUCAGGUUUGCAUUUUAGAGGUCUUCAGAGGAGAAACUGCAUUGAUAUGUUACUUGAUUAUAUGUUGAUUAUUACAGUCAGAAACCAGAAGAAAGCUUGAAAAGGUUUCCUAUCACGCAUGUGCCAACCAGAAAUAACAACCUGCAUUACCCAGAAAGGGUUUAGGGUAGUGGAGCCCUUGAGUGAUGUUGGCCCAGCUGUUUAGAUCAUGCAGCUUUAGACUAUUGGUUAUUUAGACAGAAAUGGAUAAUUAUUUACACUGGAAAUGGAGGAUGGAGAUGGUGCGCUAUGAAGAAUGUCAAAUCUGUAGUGGAAACACAAAGCAUUGCGAGUGGUGUUACUGUGACAGGAAACACUAGUGCAAGUAUCUGUUUCACACAGAAAGAUCAUUGGUUCUGCAACACCUUUUAGGUCUAUUUCUGGUGUAGAUAACCAAUUAAUAAUAUAUGCAAAUAUAUUGAUGGUUGAAAAGUUUAAAAAGAUAGGUUGAGGAGCUCUGCCAUCUGGGAGGGGCUCAGAGUAGAGCUGCUGCUCCUACACUUUUAGAGAAGCCAGUUGAGGUGGCUUGGGCAACUAUACCUGAUGCCUCCUGGACACCUUCCUCGGGAGGUGUUCCAGGCACGUCCCACCAGGAGGAGGCCCAGGGCACGGCCCAGGACGCGCUGGAGGGACUUUGUCUCUUGGCUGGCCUGGGAACGCCUUGGGCUCCCCCUGGAGGAGCUGGAGGAGGUGUUUCGGGAGAGGGACGUAUGGGUGUCUUACUGAGUCUGAUGCCCCCACGACCCGGUCCCGGAUGAAGCAGAAGACGACAAGUACGAGUAAGUUUAAGGUUUGAAUAAAAAGUGGAGUUGUAGAAGCCUGCUUUUGGUCUAGGCCCAUCUGUGUCCCACAUUCAGUGUCUGGUAGCAAGUAAUCUGGAUUUAUACAAAAUAAAAUGACAAGACCUGCAGCAUAUCAUUUUCCAGUCAAAGUAACUACUGAAUAGAAAUGGUCAGGCAGUGUAAAAAAAACGAAAAAUCGUUCAAAAUAUAUACAUUUCCUUUUAUACCUCUUUCUUUUUAUAUCAAAACAGUUUUCCUGAUUAGAUUUUUAUGUGUCUUUCUCAGUAUUUUUCUGGUGACAGAGACUUUUAAAGAUUGUUUUCCAAAAUUGUUUAUGCAUGUGGACUGGAUCCACCAUAGUGGAACAGUUUUUUGUGGGUUAAUCCACAUUUGUCUCACUUUGUCCUGACCCUGAUGCAAGAAUUAUGCCUAACACCUUGAUACUAUCCAGAAGGAGUGGUUUCAUUAAAUUGUACUGGGUUUAUGUUGUAGCACAACAAGGCCAGCUGGGUGUAAAUGCUAAUUGCAUCAUUUGAAUGGAAGACGCUUCAGUCUGGUUUCCAUACCUUUAAAUCAGCGGGGAUCGAUCGUAUUAUCAUGAGUCACCGCAACACAAAAAGAGGCGUUUUUUUUGCCUUCAAAUAUACUGACAGCCUCAGUUCAGCCCAGAUGUGUUUGCUUUGUUUCUUUCCCUGUCAUUAUUAAGCUGCCCUUUCUUAGGCUCGAAAGCAGUCAUUCAGCCAGGCAAUGAAUGCCAUGCCCUUUAAAUAGUCUGCAAUUUGUUUGUGAGGGGAAACAACUGGAGCUUUCAUCAAGCGGUUGCACUCCAACUGAGUCAUAUGGUUGGAAAGUGCAGUAUAUUCCAAAGUAUCCGUUAUGCCUUUGAGUUGCUAUUCAAAACAAAAAUACUAAACAAUUAAUAAUUAGAUAAAAUCACAUCUUCAAAACAAAAAAUCUAUUUACACGUUUCUGGUUGAAAUGUUUUCUUAUGCAAAAUUGGUGGAAUAUUCACAGUUGCUGCUUGCACCACAGCAUCUCCUAUGUGGGUGAGAAAAGGAAGUCACACUUGUCAGAGAGGUGCUGUGUGCGAAUCAUAUCACUCUGUCACACGCUGAAACACCAGGUGGAGAAACAGACAGCAGCAGAAAAUACCAAGCCACACUUUAAAAAAGCUGCAUAUAGAACCCUCACAAACAGGUUGCAUUGGUCCAAGAAAGAGAUCCAUUUUAAGGAUUUUUACAGAUUUUUUCCAUUUGCAGCUGAAAUAAAUGCUUUUAUCCAUCAGAUUUUGAUGUGUUGUCACUUAAGACUGCUGAGAUCACAAACAGAUAUUGUGGUUUUUGAGUGGCUCAGCAAAUUACUCGACCAUUACAGAGAAAAGAUUCCUUGUUGGACCCCACUAGAUCCACUCUGUUUGUCCUUCACAGUUCAGUUCAUCUAGUAGUCCUGUAUAGCGAUCGGUUAAGUGCUUUUGCAAAGGUUCUAAAAUAGAGGAGAAAGACUUGGCUUUGUUUUUCUCUAAAGCAAAUCUGCCUUUGUGUAUAUCUAUAUCAACAAUUUAUAUAUAUAUCUCUAUAUAUAUCUAUGUAUGUAUUAAGACACAUUCUGCGUUCAGUAUUGAUUAGCUGUGUACUGACUGUUUUCUUGUAUAUUCCAAUACUGUUCAUUUUGCAUUUCGUCUGCCUUUGUGCUAAUGUUAGCCGUUCCAACAUCCAAGUCUUAUUAUAAAUGUUUAUUUUUAAGCAGGGUGGAGAUUAGCUAUUCUUUAUUAAAAUGGCUGGGUGAACAGAAAAAUGUCUAAACAUGUGAUCGAAAUCUGCAUGGAGAGAAAACCAGUUUAUUUUUUAAUAACUCAAGUAUAAAUCCUAAUCUAGUCUAUCCUAAUGAAUACACUGCAUCUUGGCUCCAGUUAUAUUUAAUGAGUAUUGGACUUUGUUCCUAAAGCCAUACCAAAAUAAAAACACAGUGCUUUACUUGAUUGUUACGCCAUAUGAUGUAGGGAGCUGCUGGCUUGUGACUCAGAGAAAUGAUAAACAUGGGAGGGUUUGAAAAGCCUCCUAAACAGUAGGGAAAUAGAGUUCCUCAGGACUAACUAUAUGAUGUUUAUUAAACUUGACAACGUUUGCAGUAUCUUUAAAGGAAACCACUUAAUCUUAAUAUUUCCGCACCUUGCAGGCUCUUUGCUCUUAGUUUAGAUAAAUCCAGCCAGAUUAAAAAGGGAAGAGAGUGCUCCCUUACUGCCCCGCUCCAGAUAAUCAUCCUUCAUCCAUAGCUAUAAAGUAGCAAUCAGCCAUGAGGUGGUGAGUCAGAAAGCUUGUUGCUUUUACUGUGUCCGCAGGAUAAGAAGGGAGCUUUAAGCAGCACUGAAAGCACUGUGUUUAUUGACCACAACUUUAAAGAUGAUAAGGUUGGUCACUGCCAUAAAAACUUAAACGCCUCGUAGCUGAAGGAUAAUGGCUUUGCAUGGUAUGCUUAGAAGCUUCUCUGGCUGCACCCUAUAGUCUGGAUGUAAACUAUAGGCAUUAAAGAAGAGAAAUAUACAAUAAUUUGACAUAAUAAAAGAUAACAGAUUUA